AUGACCGACGUGGUCAGCUCGGCCCGGGACUGCCUGCAGGCUGGCGAAUCCUGCACCAAUGACCCCAGCUGCAGCUCCAAAUUCCGGACCCUCCGGCAAUGCAUCGCCGGCAACGGCGCCAACAAGCUGGGUCCGGAUGCAAAGAGCCAGUGUCAGAACACGGUGACAGCCCUCCUGUCCAGCCAGCUCUACGGCUGCAAGUGCAAACGGGGGAUGAAGAAGGAGAAGCAUUGCCUCAGCGUCUACUGGAGCAUCCACCACACCUUGAUGGAAGGGAUGAAUGUCAUGGAGAGUUCCCCUUACGAACCCUUUGUGAGGGGCUUUGACUACGUCCGAUUGGCUUCCAUCACUGCAGGCUCCGAGAACGAGGUCACCCAGGUGAACCGCUGCUUGGAUGCCGCCAAGGCCUGCAAUGUGGAUGAGGUUUGCCAGCGCCUUCGGACCGAGUACGUCUCCUCCUGCAUCCGCCGCGUGGCCCGGUCAGACACCUGCAACCGCUCCAAGUGCCACAAGGCCUUGCGGAAGUUCUUUGACCGCGUGCCCCCCGAGUACACACACGAGCUGCUCUUCUGCCCCUGCGAUGACACGGCCUGCGCGGAGAGGCGCAGGCAGACCAUCGUGCCCACCUGCUCCUACGAGGCCAAGGAGAGACCCAACUGCUUGGCGCCGCUCGACUCCUGCCGAGUGAACUACGUCUGCAGAUCCCGCUACGCCGAGUUCCAGUUCAACUGCCAGCCCUCCGCACAGUCUGCGACAGGGUGCCAGAGGGAAAAUUACGCUGCCUGUCUGCUGGCCUAUACCGGGAUCAUAGGUAGUCCCAUCACCCCAAACUACAUCGACAACUCGACGUCAAAUAUUGCACCCUGGUGCACGUGCAACGCCAGCGGGAACAGGCAGGAGGAAUGCGAGAGCUUCCUACACCUCUUCACCAAGAAUCUCUGCCUCCAGAAUGCCAUCCAGGCCUUUGGCAACGGAACGUACCUGAGCACCGCCCUGGGCUCCUCCACCCCUCCCACGACGCAGAUGCGCAAGCAGGAGAGGAACGCCAACAAGGCAGCAGCCACCCUCAGAGAGAACAUCUUCGAACAGCUACAGCCCACCAAGGUAUCUGCAGAGGAGAAGCUUCUACAAGAUGCCACCCACCUAGCUUCUGACGGCUCCAGCUCAGCGCUGUCACUGGCCAUUAACGGCUGGUUGGUGAUGUGGUGUUCCGCUUCUACCAGUACAUUCCUCCUGGCGUCCAUGUGA